GGCAUACAAAAGCUAGCAUCUAGUAGACAUCACGAGCACUUGUGGACUCAGUCAACAGGCCGCGACAGCUUGCAAACAUGCGCGGACUGAGAGUGGAGAAGCAUGCUAAUUAAUAAUUUGCAACUUUUCAUACUUAGAGUGACGUGCUGUUUGUAGCCGAGGCGCUUCCAUACGCCGGCGACGUUUCGCUCACUGCGACGACAAUUUCGCCAUGGCCGCUGGACAAGAUCUAGACAUAAACGGAUUGCGUGUAGAAAAUGAUCCUGCGGACUGUACUUUGAGGGUCACAGUGCACCCUCUCGAGGCGUCUGUCCUGCGCCUCCGUCAGCUCCUUGAGCAGCUCUACGCCCAUCCUUGCUGCAGCGAUACUGCAGCUACGGCAUACAGCUUGGCAUGUGACGUGCUCAGCUGCGCCGCUAGCAGCUGCGAGCUCUGGCGGGCACAGCUGUUACGCCACCACACGGAAGGGAGCCACGGCGGGCUGCUGGCCAGCGUUCUAGCGUCGCUGCAUGUGCUGGACUGCGUCAAGGACUCCAAGGCGGCGCUGCGUGACAUCCUGGUGGCGUCAGGCGGUGGUGAUGGAGAUGAGCAACAGCAGCAGCUUCGCGCGGCGGUGCAGGACUUUGUGGGCAUGCCCGCCGCCUGCAUCCUCCUGCUGCGCGAUCUGCUGCUGGAGGACGCGGCUACUGCCUCGGACGCAAAGCAGGCGCUGUUGCAGCUGCUGCCUCUCCAGCUGGAGGCCGUUGAGGGAGGUGGCAGCGGCAUGGCUGGCGGCAAGGACAAGCCACGGAUGUCGCUGAUAACCAAGCUGGGUCUAGGCAGCGGUCGCCAGACGGCGGGCUGUGACGGCCGCAACUGUAUAUCGAGUGGCGAGGGCAGCGCGUCAGUGCGCUACAGCAAUCGCAUUGCGCUCUCACUCAUGGUUUACUUGUACUGCUGUGCUGACAGUGCCGAGCAGGCACACCAAGCACUGAUGGUACCCGCAAACGCUGAGGACGCCACCUCGAGCGUGAACGGCGGUAACUCUGGCACCGGUGUCACGCCCUCAGGUUCGAAGGCGGCAGCACAGGCUGCACAGAAGCUCCUGAAGGCCUGUGCCGCGGCAUUGCGGGCCGCUCCGGUGGUGCCUGGCUUCGGCGACGUGCCUGUCGACCUGCUGCGGCCGCUGCAGGGCCUGCCGCAGCUGGUGGGCGGCGGAGCGCCCUGGGAAGCGGCGUCGGGAGCGCUGCUGCUGCCUGAUGCGGCCGCCCUAGAGGAGCGGUACGGCAUGUCGCUGGUCUCCGUGUACGCCGCGCACGACUACGGUUUGAUGGUUGAGCAGCUGCUAGCGCUCAAGCUGCAGGUGGAGGCAGCUGGCGCUGCUGCAACAGCGGCUGCACCGCUAAAUGUGGUGCCGAGAAGCAGCGACGACACAUCGUGCAAGCACGCGGAAGCCGAAGGCGGCAUUGGCGCGGCGACGUAUGCUGCGCUGCUGGCCCUGCCGCAGCCGGCUCAGACGGCGCUGGGCCGCUCGGCGGCCGGCGUGGCUGGCCGCGCGCUGCGCCUGCUGCAGGACUGGCAGACGGCGGUGCUGCAACUGGACGCGCUGCGGACUUGGCAGCAGCAGCAGCGCCGGAUGCGGGAGGCGGAGGAGGCGGCAGAGGGCAGCGGCCGAGGGGCAGCAACCGCGUUGCCCAGCACCAGCAGGUGCGCACUCACAGGCACGGACGCGACUGACGUGGUGCGCAUGGUGGCCUACAUCAAGGGCCUGACGGGCCUGCUGCAGGAGUCGCUGCCCUGGAUGGAGCCGCUGCUGGCGGCGCACUGCGCGGCGCAGCUCGGGCAGCUGCUGAGCGGCGUGCUGGUGCCUGUCGCCCAGGGGGCGCUAGCCAUGCCGCCUGCGCUUGACAGUGCUGGCACAGCAGCGACGGCCUUCGGGCUUCCGCCGCCGUCACCUUCACGCGCUCGUGAUGACGGGCUGGCCAUGGUCCCCACGCCGAGCGGUGGUGUGGCACCCGACAGCAUUUUCGCUACAUUGGCCGAGCCCCCUGUUGGCGGCGCUGGCGGCAGCAGUGCAGCGCUUGCGCGUGGGUUGGGCCGGCUUUGGAAAGCCAAGGCAACCUCCCACCGCCACAAUGAGUCUUCAGAGGCCGUCGUGGAUAUCCGCUCCCUCACACCUCCUGGCGCUACGGCUGAGGGCGAGCCGGAGGCGGAUGACGCUGACACGCCCGGCACGCCGCUGGGCCCUCCGCCCCAGGGCAUCCCCGCUGACUGGACCCCCAGCCGCGUGAACGACUUCCAGCCCGACCCUUACACGCGCUUGCGAGACUGGUUUGCCUCCGGGACUGGCAACACCCCACAGAAGGGCGCGGGGCCUGCGCCAGGUGGCGAACCCUGUGCGAUGGCGAUGCUGGGCGCUCCACCGCUAGAUUUGGAUGCGCCACUGGCUACGGUGAUGGAAGGCCACACGCCGCGCUCAGGUGCAGGCACGCCUGUUCCGGACAGCGGGAGCCGCCAGCGCCCGCCGCGCCCAGGCGCGAGCCCAGGCGGCCUGGCACACGUGAGCGCUGGAAGUCCCAGCACAAACCGCGGCCUGCCGCCGCUGCCGCGGCAGUCCCCGCAGCAGCAGCAGCAGCAGCAUAACACGCCCGGCGGCACCACGGACGCGACGGGCACCGAGGAGGCCGGGCGCGGGGAGGACGUGGAGUGCACCGUCAGCAGCGCCAGCGAGCAGGACCCGAUGGAGCUGGUGGGUGUGCAGCCUGGCAACCAGGUGCAUGCGUCCUUGGACAGCGACAACUUUGCCCGGUACCAGGCAGGCAUGCCCGGCUAUGGCUACGGCCAUACCGGCUUGUGCCCACAGCAGCUGGGCGCGCCGCAGCCGCCGCUCGGUGCUGCUCCAGCUGCAUCGUUCUGGCUGCAGGAAGGCGGCGGUCACGGCGGCUUCGCCGCGCCAGCUUUGGAUGACCACUUGACUGCCGCGCAGGCGGCAGCAUGGUCUGGGCACGGUGAUGCUCCCGGCUCUAGUGCAGGCGGAAGCGGCGGCGGCGCCUGCCUUACCAACCCGCUGUUCGUGUACCCGAGCGAGGGCGGCCGUCUGGUCGCCGCCGGGGCCACCAACCCGCCCCAGCAGCAGCGUGGGAGGAGCCCACCGCCGCAGGGUACGGUGGCGAUUUGGGUUGCAGGCAAGAGUGGUGGCGGCGCUGCCACACACGCGCCUGCGCCUGCACUCCCCCUGCAUCAGGAGGACGGCGACCUGCACAUGUACGGCGGUGCUGGGCUGCUGGGCGCUUACGCGCCCGAUACGCAAGCACUCGGCACGGGCGAGGGGGCGGCCGCCCAGCCGGGCGGCAACGCGAGCGGGGCGAACAAGAAGGGCAGCUCGCGCUUCCGGAGCAUCAAGAAGCUGUUUGGGAUCAAGCGUGCUCCUGCGAGCAGCAGCGGCGACAACGGAACCGGCAAGGACUCGCAGCAGCAGCAGCAGCUCCCCCACGCCGGCAAUUACCUCUGCGCCCCCUCCGAGGCGGUGGACAGGGCCCAGUACGGCUUUGACGCUCCUGCGCUGGGUGAUCUGCAUGUGCCUAAUCUUAACGAGCACGGGAAUGCAAGCCACGUGUCGCCCAUGUCUGUGCCGCCUGCCAUACACGGCUACGGCGGCGUACCGCUUCCGUACGGCGGCGAGCAGCAGCAACAGUACUGCAUGGGAGUUGGGGAAGUGGGUGUGGUGCUGGACGAGGUGGCGACGGGCGCCACUGCCAGUGGCCAGCAGGAGCGUGCGCUGCGUGAGGGCCUGCACCGCGACGGUGCGUUCGCAGUGCUCAGCGUUGGGCCUGGCGGUGGGCAGCACAAGGAGGCGAACGGCAGCGGCGGCGUUGUAGGGAAGGGCCAGCAGCAGCAGCAGCAGCAGCUGGGGCGGUUCCUGGAGGUGGUUGCGCAGGCCAGUCGCCAGCGUGAUGAGCGGAGCUGCAGCCGGCUGCAGCGCCUAGCGAUGGAGCUACAGGCCCUCCUCACAUCUGCUGGCUAUGCGCCGGGCAGCAACGGCCGCGCUGCUGCGCAGCUGUCCGCUGUUACUAGCAGUGUGGAGCCGCCUGGUGCCGUUGAGGCUGUUGGCGCCGCAGGCAGCAGCCAAAAGGCUUCGACCAGCCUGGGCGGUGCCAAGGCCAGCAUCAAGAAGCUGGUCACGUCGUUCAAGGGCCGCAGCAGCGGUGGCCGCCAGGCCUCAGUCGCUGGUGCUCACCAGGACCUGCCUGGACCGCCCGUGCUGGCGUCGCCGACCGAGACGGGCAUGGUGUCGGGCCCGUGCGGCGACGCGUCCACUGCCGGGGCACAGCAGUUGGCAGCGCUGGAGGAGCAGGACGUGCCCCGUCUGAAGCUGGCGCUGGAGGAGAUGGCGGCAGAGCUGGCGGCGCUGGUGGCGCAUCGGCGCGUGCUCCCACGUGCUGGCAAAGCUGGCAGCAGCGCAAGCGGCCCCUCCCUGGUGUCGCUGCUGGCGCUCUCAUCCGAGGUGCAGACCUUCCUGGCCCAGAGCCUCCCGCCGCUGCUGCCACUGCUCGCGUUCCGCACCAACGUCUCUGCCUCAGCCGACCUCUCCGCGCUGCUUGCUACUGACCCUGCGCGCGCCACCAGCCCCUACAGCCUUGGGAACACGCGCCAAUCCAGCUCCGAUGCGCGAGGCAGCAUGCCAUGGGAGCUGGUGUGCCGCGGCGUCCUUGCAACGGCGGCGGACAUGGGCGGCAACGAUGGCUCAGACGCGCGGCGCGGCGGCGCCAGCGGGGUGCCGCUUGCUGCCGCGCUUACGGCGAUGUCCUUGUUCGGUGAUGCUGUGGAUACAGCUCAGGCACAGGAGCUGCGCUCCGACUGCCCUGACACCCAGAACGCGCUGGCGCGCCAGCAGCAGCUGUACCGGCGCCAGGCCAAGUGGUGCCUGGACACGUUCGUGCAUGCAGCGGCGCGCCGAGUCUGGGCCACCUACAAAGCCCAGGCGCUGCGGUCGGAGCUGGGUGUGGCUGUGCCGCUCGGCGCCCCAGACGUGGUGCCAGACACCUCCGCCUUCCAAGACCUGCUGCAGCUGCAGCCACAGCAGCAUCAGUGCGCGGAUACCCGUUGCGCGGACGCCCGCGCUCUGGUGCAGCUGCAGGCGCUUGUAGCCCCUGUCGGCGGGUCGGCCGGCGCGCCGGAGCUGCAGGCCCGACUCGCUGUGGCGGUGGAUGAUCUGGUCCGGCAGUGUGCGGCGCGCACCGCGGCUUUGGCGGUGGGCUCCGAUCUCACCGCACUGGCGGCCGUCAAGCAGCAGGUGGACGUGCUGAGCGGCGCCGUCGCGCAGCUUCGCCUCGAGCUGCCCGGCGUGCGGCCGUGGGCCGACACCUGGCUAGGCGCCCUGGCCGCCGCCGCCGCCUCGGCACCCACCUGCGCGCCGAUCGCUGAGGCGGCCGCCGCCACAGCCGCCGCCGUAGCGCAAGGCUGCAGCGCUGCGGCUGCAGCUGCUGCCGCGGCGGCGGCAGGUGGCGACGGGGUGGGCCUGGAUGUGGAGGACAUUCUGCUGACGCACGUGACCAGCGAGGGCGUGCUGCGUGCGCUCAGCACGUGGGCGUAUGACAUGCGCGCUGUGCAGUUCUCGCCCACCAAGCACACAACGAACUACUGGGAGCAGCUUUGUCGCGCCUCGGCCGCCUUCCAGGCUGUGGCCUCGCCGCCCGUGCACCGCCUGGACGGCGCUGACCUGGCGCUGGCCGCUGCUACAGCCGCCGGCGGGGACGGCAGUAGCAGAGGUGUGGGCGGCACCUUCGGGCGGCCGCAGGUGCUGGCUCUGUACUCGCUGCUGGGGCUGGACGGCGUGGGGCGGCUGGUGGCGUCGAUGCGCUCACACAUCACAUCGCUUCUCACGGACGCCUCUCCCCUGCUGCGGCGCGUGCAUGAGCUGUAUGAUGGUGGGGUGGCCGGGCCGCGGGGCCCGGGCCUGCGCGGCGCGGGCGGCGCGGUGGGCUUCCUGCAGCUGCAGCAGCGCUGGCUUCGCGACCGCGGCCACACCGACAUGCUGGUGUCCGCCAACCGGGCCAUGCAGGCCCUCGGCAACUCGGUGGCCGCUGUGGCGCUGGUGGACAGUGUGCUGGCGGAGCUGGCGGCCAGUCGCGCGCCGCACCUGCUGCCGUUGGCCGCGUCCACGCUGCAGGCCGACCAGUGCGCGCACGCGGCGCUGCAGGCCAUGGCGAACGCAGAGUCCGCAGCUGCCGGUGCCUCGUCGCUGCUGCCGCCGCUCGCGGUCCCGGCCGUGGCCCCGCCGCCCACCGGCACGGGCCUGGCAGGCCUGCUGCUGGGGCUGCAGGGCGGCCUGCCGCCGGGGCUCGCCGGCGCCAGCCAGCCCGCAGUGGCGGCAGCUGCUCUGGUUCAGGAGCGGCUGAAAGAGCAGCUACCUCCGGCGUUUGGCCUCCCCGGGUUGUGGCGCGCUAUGUACGAGGCCGUGCACCAGCAGCAGCAGGCCGCGCAGCAGCCGCAGCACCACCAGCAGCAGCGGCAGGCCUACCCGCAGCAGCCGGCUCAGCAGCCGCAGCAGCUGUUGUUCGUGCCGGCGCGGCUGUGGUGUGUGCUGCAGACGCAGCUGUGCUGCCUCACGGCCGAGGAGCAGGUCGUGCACGCGGCCAACGUGGGAGACGGCGUGUACGUGGCGGCCGCGGCGGUCGUGCAGCUGGCGGCGGGCGCUCCGCUCACGCCGGGCAGCGUCCUGCUGGGCGACACCACCACGGCGUUGCAGCAGGCUGCGGCGCUGGAGGCCAUAAAGGCGGAGCUGGCGGCGGUGUCCGCCCCGGGUGGAGCCUCAACAGGCCAGUCGGCGGCAACCGCUGCGGCAGCUGCAACGCUGGAGCAGCUGCAGGCCUGGUCGGCACGGGCUGAGCUGGUGCGGUCGUCUUGGGACACGGCGGUGCAGCUGACGGUGGGCGCCGGCACAACCGCCGCGCGCCUGGCAUCGGAGCCGCAGCCGGACCGCGCUGCCUUGCUGGCAUCGUGCCUAUCGCAGCCACCUCUGACUGCCGGGCCGCCCGACCCUUGGAUGGGCCUGGUGGCCCAGGCGGCGCUCGCCGGAGCUGCCAUGCAGCUGCGCGCUGCAACACCGCAGCCGCCGUCGGUGUCCGUGCCCUCGCAGCAGGUGCCGGGUGGAGGGCCGGGAGGCUUCAGCGUGGGCGGUCGGGCUGGCCAGGCCGGCGGUGGCUCUGUUGUCCCGCCAUCUAGCGCUGCAGGCGGGCGCCUGCCGCCGGGCGCUGUGCGCAUGCACUCGACCAUGCGGCUGCUUGUGCCGCAACAGCAGGGCAGCCAGCCGCAGCGCGGCGCACCACUGCCGAGUCGCAACAGCUCUGGGCCGGGUACAGCUGCAAUGGGCGCUGGUGGCGCCCUCGACCCGUCGCGGGUCUUAGCCUCGCAGCCACCGCAGCCGUCGCGGCAGCUGCUGUCUGCAAAGAGCUUCAGCGGUGCGAUCAGCGGCCCCACUGAGCCCGACAUGAGCAGUGCCGGAGCAGCGUCAGUUGCUGCUGCUGCGGCGGCGGCGGCAGCGGCGGCUGGCCGAUCUCACGACAGCGGCGUGCCACCGCUGGCUGCUGGCCCGCUCAUGGGCCCGGCGUGGAACCCGCAGCAGCAGCUGCAGCAGCAGGCCGCGCCCGGGCAGCAGGCGCUGCGGCCGUCGCCGUUUGUGAUGCAGCAGCAGGCGGCGGCCAUGCAGGUGCAGGUGCAGCAGCUGUCGGCGCAGGCGCGGGGCAUGCACCUGGGCGACCCCGCAAUCACGACAGCCACCGCCGCGGCAGAGUACGGGGCCGGCCCGCCCCUUCUGCACCUGCAGCAGCAGCUGCGGCUGCAGCACAGCACCGGGUCUCACGCCAUGCAGUCGGCGCAUCACGCCUACGGUGGCGCCAUGGCGGCAGCAGCCAUGGCGCAGCCAGACCCUCCGCUAAAUAGCUACCUGUCGUACGGAAGUGCCGGUGGCGGUGCCAGCAGCAGCCACGGCACUGCGAUGGGUUCCCUGGGCGGUGCUGGCAUGCCGCCGCCCUCGACAGCUUACGGGAGUGGUGGCUACGGUGCUGCCCCCAUGCCCAACAUCUUCAGCUUUGCCGGCAAUGGUGGCGCUGGGAGUGGGCCUGUCUUCAUGGGUGGAGGGGUGGAGUAUGAUGGCGGCAAUGGGGCCGUGCAGAGCCGCGCCCAAUACGGCUCUGACUUUGCUGAGUAGUGACGGGGCUCCCGACAAAAGCGAUACCGGUAGUGGCGGUUUGAAAGAGUAGGUAGCUACGGUCUCAGGGUAGCAAAAAUGGGCCCAGGCAGUCUGAUAUGGGAUACCAAGAGGAGCAUUGAGGUUUGUGAAGGAUGAAGCGUACUUUUUGCAGAUCAAGAGAGAAAAGCCCGAAAAGCAAGCCAUGGCUUUGCGCAGUAUAACUUCUGUACGUGGUACAUGUGCUACAAAGACACAGCAGACGGCGAGCCGUCAUAAAGAGCCUGUCACCGUUGUCCAUUUCUGUAGCGGCUCGCUCUCACGCCU